UCAAAGAAGGGGGAGGGGGGGACCAAAAAGCAACGCGAUAAGAAUUAAUUGAACAAACCCAUGGAUAAAAGAGAAGCCACACCUUGAUAAAGUCUAAAGCAUAACUGCAUAAGCUGUCAUUGCUUUCCCUCCUUUCUUUUAAACCCCCUCCCCCAGACAUUAACGCCACCAUUGCUAUUUGCUAUUUCUUACUUCAAACAAACAAAAAUGAUAAAAGGAAGAGAAGGCAAGGCAUUAGCACAUGCAGCACCCUCUGCUGAUCUAUUAGUAUGUUUCCCUUCUCGGGCUCGUCUUACGCUAAUGCCCAAGCCCAUUUGCAGCCCGGCCCGGCCCUCAGAGCCCAACAAGCGCCACCACAACAGCCACCACCACCGCAAGAAAUCGUUCUCCAGAGGCGGCGGCGGAGGACAAGCCAGUCCUCUGUUAUGGCCCAAAACGAAGUCAAUGGGCUCCGAAAUUAGCGAACCAACCUCCCCGAAAGUGACGUGCGCGGGUCAGAUAAAGGUCCGGCCCAAAACGACUGCGUGCAGGAGCUGGCAAUCGGUGAUGGAGGAGAUAGAGAAAAUCCACACUGACAAGAAUCAGAAGAAGCGUCUGAGCUGGGCGGAGACGCUCGGUUUCAAGAAGGAGAUAAUGCAGUUCUUGACGUGUUUGCGAAGCAUAAGGUUCGACCUGAGAUGCUUCGGGUCAUUCUCCGGAACCGACAUUGCCACCGAAGAAGACGAGGAUGAUGAUGAAGACGAAGUCGAAGUUGAACUCAUAGAAGAAGAAAAACACGUGGGCGUGGAAGAAAGCGACAACGAGGCAUCGAAAACUGUUUUGUCGAAAUGGUUCAUGGUGUUGCAGCAAGAGAAUCAGACCAACAACCGGAGAGAAGAGACAGAAGAGAGAGGUGAUGGUAAUGAGGAGGAAAGUGUGUCUGUUCCUCCUCCGAAUGCAUUAUUGCUCAUGCGAUGUAGGUCUGCUCCGGCAAAAAGUUGGGUGAGAGAGAGGGAAGGUGGUGAUCAUGAUGAUGAUGAUGAAGAACAACAGGGAAAAGAAGAGAAGGAGAAUGCAGAGAGAGAAAAGGAAAAAGAAAAAGGGGAAAAGAAAGGGCAGAGUUUAAAGUCGUUGAUGGAGGAAGACAAGAGAAAGAAGGAGAAUGUUGUGGUGAUGCGAUAUGAUUCUGAUUUUUACGACAUUUCUUCUGAUAUUGCCAAAGAGACGUGGAUUGUUGGAGGGAUCAGAGAUCUCAUGUCAAGGAGUCGAAGUUCCAAAAGAUGAGAUGAACAUGAUCGUCGUUUGCGAUUUUCUUUUACGAGUCACUACUUUUUUCUACGAGUUUGUGCCCCCGAAAUACUACUACUUUGGUGUGAUAAACUGGUAAAUUUAAUAUCAAGAUCCCGGUUUUAGCUUCUGCUAUUUACUCAAGUUUGUUAACCUGUACAGCUUAAUUUCUGAUUUCUUCUUUGUAUAAGUUUCCCGUCACAUAUUUUGCUGCCAUGCACGUGAAUGAAUCUUUUUUUACUCUCGUGUAGAUCUAGUUAUUAGUCAAAGGCAUGUGUAACCUUUUUCUUCUUCUUUAAAACAAAUGCAAAAUUGUCCUUUGUCA